ACAGUGAGAAAUUGACAUGUGCAAGUUUUUGGUGACAAGAAAUGGGAUCCAAAGCUGACUGCAAACACCCUUGGACCAAGGACAUGCAUAGGCAAGAUGCCCAAUGAUCCCUUUGAAUUUACUGUUCCUCCUCUUCUUAUCUAAGAGCCUUGGAUAAUGUUUAAAGGAUUCUGCAUCAGUCUUUGGUAUUGGACAUACUCAAAAUCCCUUCUUCAACUUUUGCUCUCCUGGUCCAUUGUCUUCCAGCUUUAACUUACUUGUGAUCCCUUCAAACAUUUUACAUGGUUUGCAAUGGUUACAUGAACUUUUGGGAAGUGAUAUUUGCACCAUCUCAUACUUUAUUCACUAUGGCACUUUAGAAAAAGAAAUUGGAAAAAACUUACAAAGCAGUAUUUUAAAAAAUGAAUCUUAUUGUGAAGCUUCGGAGAAGUUUUCGAACAUUGAUUGUUCUUUUAGCUACCUUUUGUUUGGUGAGCAUUGUCAUUUCUGCCUAUUUCCUCUACUCUGGCUAUAAACAGGAAAUGACUGUUAUUGAAACCACUGCAGAAGCAGAAUGUGCUGACGUCAAAAUUCUACCAUAUCGGUCAAUGGAGCUGAAAACAGUUAAACCUAUUGAUACAUCCAAAACUGAUCCUACUGUCCUCCUAUUUGUGGAGAGCCAAUAUUCUCAACUUGGUCAAGAUAUCAUAGCUAUCUUGGAGUCUAGCCGAUUUCAGUACCAAAUGGUCAUUGCCCCCGGUAAGGGGGAUAUACCUCCUCUUACAGAUAAUGGCAAAGGGAAAUACAUUUUAGUUAUUUAUGAAAAUAUUCUGAAGUAUGUCAGCAUGGACUCAUGGAAUCGAGAGCUUUUAGAAAAAUACUGUGUGGAAUACAGUGUUAGUAUAAUUGGUUUUCAUAAAGCCAAUGAGAACAGCUUACCAAGUACACAAUUAAAAGGCUUUCCAUUAAACCUUUUCAAUAAUCUAGCUCUAAAGGACUGUUUUGUCAACCCUCAGUCUCCUUUGCUGCAUAUUACCAAAGCCCCCAAGGUUGAGAAAGGCCCUCUUCCUGGGGAAGACUGGAGUAUUUUCCAAUAUAAUCAUUCAACCUACCAGCCUGUGCUUUUAACUGAAUUACAGACAGAAAAAUUCCUUUCAUCCUCAUCCAGCAAACCACUCUAUGCGACAGUGAUUCAGGAUCUGGGGCUUCAUGAUGGAAUUCAGCGCGUUCUUUUUGGCAACAACUUAAACUUUUGGCUACACAAGCUCAUCUUCAUAGAUGCCAUCUCCUUCUUGUCAGGGAAGAGGCUGACACUGUCCUUGGACAGGUACAUCCUUGUGGACAUUGAUGAUAUCUUUGUUGGGAAAGAGGGAACAAGGAUGAAUGUCAAAGAUGUAAAGGCAUUACUAGAGACUCAAAAUUUACUGCGCACUCAGGUUGCAAAUUUUACCUUCAACCUUGGAUUUUCAGGGAAGUUUUACCACACAGGGACUGAAGAGGAAGAUGAAGGCGAUGACCUUUUGCUUCGGUCUGUAGAUGAGUUCUGGUGGUUUCCUCACAUGUGGAGCCAUAUGCAGCCUCAUCUCUUCCAUAAUGAGUCAUCUUUAGUUGAACAGAUGAUUCUCAACAAGGAAUUUGCCCUGGAACAUGGAAUCCCUAUCAACAUGGGCUACGCGGUGGCACCACAUCACUCAGGGGUCUACCCGGUUCAUAUUCAGUUAUAUGAAGCUUGGAAGAAGGUCUGGGGUAUUCAGGUCACCAGUACUGAAGAAUAUCCACAUUUGAAACCUGCACGGUACCGAAAGGGCUUCAUUCACAAUAACAUCAUGGUCCUCCCUCGACAGACCUGUGGGUUGUUCACCCACACUAUUUUCUACAAAGAAUAUCCAGGAGGACCCCAAGAAUUGGAUAAAAGUAUCAGAGGAGGUGAACUUUUCCUCACAAUCCUUCUAAACCCGAUCAGCAUUUUCAUGACCCAUUUGUCGAAUUAUGGGAAUGACCGCCUGGGGUUAUAUACCUUUGUGAACUUGGCCAACUUCGUGCAGAGCUGGACCACCCUGAAACUACAAACUCUGCCGCCAGUGCAACUCGCACACAAGUACUUUGAGCUCUUCCCUGAGCAAAAAGACCCUCUCUGGCAGAAUCCCUGUGAUGAUAAACGGCACAAAGACAUUUGGUCCAGAGAGAAAACUUGUGACCACUUGCCAAAAUUCCUUGUCAUCGGGCCACAAAAAACAGGAACAACUGCACUUUACUUAUUCCUUCUUAUGCACCCUUCCAUCAUCAGCAAUCUUCCCAGCCCCAAAACAUUUGAAGAAGUUCAAUUCUUUAAUGGCAACAACUACCACAAGGGAAUUGAUUGGUAUAUGGACUUUUUCCCUACUCCAUCCAACAUUACAAGUGACUUUCUAUUUGAAAAGAGUGCUAAUUACUUCCAUUCAGAAGAAGCUCCCAAGAGAGCUGCAUCUCUGGUCCCCAAAGCCAAGAUCAUCACCAUUCUCAUCGACCCCUCAGACAGGGCAUACUCUUGGUACCAGCACCAACGAUCUCAUGAAGAUCCAGCUGCCCUGAGGUUUAAUUUCUAUGAAGUUAUUACCACCGGACACUGGGCCUCACCGGACCUGAAAGCUUUGCAAAGGAGAUGCCUCGUACCUGGAUGGUAUGCAGUCCACAUCGAAAGAUGGCUAACUUACUUUGCUACUUCUCAGUUGCUAAUUAUUGAUGGACAGCAGCUGAGAUCUGACCCAGCUACUGUGAUGGAUGAAGUCCAGAAGUUUCUGGGAGUUACACCUCAUUAUAAUUAUUCUGAAGCACUAACGUUUGAUCCCCAAAAGGGCUUUUGGUGUCAGCUCCUGGAAGGAGGAAAAACCAAAUGUCUUGGAAAGAGCAAAGGCCGAAAAUAUCCACCCAUGGAUCCAGAGGAAAUUCCAAGGAUUUUAGGAGCUUUGUGCCAGCAGAAGGGUCUAGAACUUUCCUCUCUAAUUACUACCGAGAUCAUAACGUGGAACUGUCCAAACUGCUACAUAGACUGGGGCAGCCUCUGCCAUCCUGGCUGAGACAGGAGCUGCAGAAAGUGAGAUAGCACUGGAGACAAGAACCAAGGCUGGAAGGAUGCUUCCUUUUACUAUUAAAUAGA